AAAAUAAGAAAUAGGAGCAGUUCAAUUUGAUGAUGUUCCCUAAUGGUUGUGCAACUUAAACUUGGUCCCACUAUCAAUAAAUUGAACAUGACUCGUACCUUGUGAGUUCAAUGUAUCCACUUAAACAAGACACCAACACACAUGUUAUGGCACAUGAGCCAUUGCCAAGGAGCACAAUUUGGAGGUGGGGCCAACCAACACAAGAUCUAUCGAGAUCAGAUCGGGCCCACUCGACUCAACAACAAAACUUAGAAAUAUCUUAUUCUGACUAGAACAUUGUCAUUGUAUGCCUCACAUGGCUGGUAGCCAUUGCGAUAACAAGGCAGUUUGAUUCCACUGCUCACUAACCGCCCAACAAUACUAUAAUACAUCAAAUCUUUUGUGACACAAUGAGUUUGAAAAUGAAAGAUUAAUUAAUUUAAUUUACUUUACUCCAAUGAGCUCGAUGACAAAGUUGUUUACGAUAAAUUCCCACGAAGUUAAUUCUCUUGAGUACAUGAUUUACUUCUCUUCACCUUGUUAUGGGACCGACAACGACGACUUUUAACGUGGCAAAAUCACCUUUUUGCUUCAUCCUACAUGAAAGAAGGACAAGGAUGGUCUGUGUAUAUAAAGGGAAGGAGAGAGGCAAAGGAAAGAACACUCCAGUGCAAUUGCAUAUUCCACUUCCUCUGUCUCUUGCAGAUUUGUCCAAGAUGCCAAAGUUGCAGAGGUAUAGAGGAGUAAGGCAGCGCCACUGGGGCUCGUGGGUCUCAGAAAUCCGCCACCCGAUACUGAAGACGCGGAUCUGGCUGGGGACGUUCGAGACGGCGGAGGACGCGGCACGGGCUUACGACGAGGCGGCGCGGCUGAUGUGCGGCCCCAAGGCCCGCACCAACUUCCCCCCGGCGGCCGGAUCGGCGGCGGCGCUGUCGCCGAGCCUGGUGGCGAAGCUGGAGAAGUGCUGCUCCGCGGCGGGGUCGACCGCCAAGAGGACGGGGAAGGAGGAGGAUGAUGAGGAGGAGAUGGGCGAUGAGUACAUCGAGGAGAUGAUCGAGGAGCUCAUAUACGAUGGUUCCUUAGAGAUCUCGUGCUCUUCCUCCUCCUCCUUUGCUUGCUCCUCAUAUGUUUGAGGAAAUGCCAGACAGAGCUUAUAUUCACUUUUAAGCCACACAGUUGAUGUACACAUGGGAGUUUGGUGGUUGCUCUAUGCAUCUACAUGCAACUUCGAGCAUUUACUUGUCAAUAAAUCCUACAUUUUCUGCUUAA